AUGAAAAGAAUUGCCGUGCAUCUGCUCGCCGUCGCCGCUCGCCGCCAAGUCCGGCGUACACCGCUGCCCUCCCGACCCUCGAACUCGACUUUCGCUCGUCCCUCGCUCGGACAUGAGUCGAACAUUCGAUCCAUACGCCGGAAGCUCUCUGCUGCUCCUUCAAAAGCUGUGUCCGCCAUUACCUCUGCUGCUCGCUUGAGCCGUUUCUGGCGUCAAAGAGACGCUCGGCGUAGUGGAGACUCUUCCCGCGAGCACGAGGGCGCGAAUCAAGACGAGGCGAUACAGAUGUCGAUGACGGCUGACACCCUCAGAGAUGCUCUGUCUGAAGAGGACCUGUUCCCUUGUGCAAACCCGCCGAACUCACCUGCCACGUCCGUCGAAAUCAUGAUAGACCAGCGUUCCGGGUCUGUCGACGAAAAGCCACUCUCUCGGAGAGAGCCACCGUCCGUCGGGCUCGGCUUUGCCUCUCUUGUCAGUUGGACAGCCGGCCUCGCUGGCUCUGGCAAGAUGGCUCGCAGUCGAAGCCUUUCGAUGCGUGGUGGCGCGGUCAACGCACCUUUGCAGCGAGCUCGGUCGCUACCCGCAAACAAGCUCUCUGCCUCGCCACGGUCCAACUUAUUCAGCUCGCUCGGCUCUCUAGCCCAUAUAUGUGCGCCAUCUACCUCCCACAAGAGUCUUGUCGCCUCAGCCACAAUGUUGUCAUUGACCGGAGCCGGGGACUACCUCCUAGAGCCACGAAUGCCACCUUCUCCCACUGGGAUGUUCGUGAAACUUGCGCUCCCUGUGGUCGGCAUUUUCAGCGGAUCCGCCUCACCCGCAGCUUCGCUUGUCUCCAUCCUACCGAGCCCUUGGAGCAUGAUGGCCGUCCCCGAAGCGAUCCCCCUACUUGAGGUCAAGCAUCUUGUCCGGGACGCUGUCAGCCUACUUCCCGUUGAUCCUCAAUAG